ACGGUUUUAUUUUUAAAGACAGCGCGGAUGAAUAUCAGGGCACAUAAACGCGGAGGAUCAAGGCCGUCACGUCACACUAUGUGCUCUACGUCAUUUUCAUGCGCUCGUUGAGAACAACACUGCUCAGAUGUUACUUACGUUGACGUUUAGUGUAAAUAUUACGAUUUGUAUUUUAAACAAAUUGAGAACAAUAUAGUUAUAUAAAUGGAAGCAUAUGUGAGAUAUAAUAUUGUUCUUCCGAUAAAUAAAUGAUUUAGCGUUGCGGUGAUGGAGGGUGAUGAAGAUGUGGAUUCCUUGGGAGAGAAACUGUAUGAUGUCAUUUAUCCCAAAUAUACCGACAGGACACCUAAGUUGACAGGUAUGUUGCUGGAGCUGCCUGCUUCUGUAGUGAAUCAGAUGCUACAGGAUGAAGAUCUGCUUAAUGAGGCAAUUGAACGAGCUUUGGGUGCUCUGACGUCGUCUGACAACAGUGAAGGUGUGUCUCAGACCGAUGAUGCAGUCUCUGUGUCCUCAGAUUCUUUGGGUGAACAGCUGUAUGACCUCAUUGACCUCUUUAACACUGGCCACACACAGAAGAUUACAGGUAUGUUAUUGGAGCAGAAAAAGGAGGCAGUGCUGCAGCUUCUGUUAGAUCACACGCUCCUCGAGGAGCAAGUCAAGACUGCUUUAAAAACUUUAAAAGAGCAGGGUGACGUAGCAACAGAUGUGAGUGACAGCUCCGAUACAGAAGAUGUGGAAAACAUCGGCGAGACACUUUUCAGUUUCGUGCAGCAGUUAGACUCCGCCCACUGUGCCGACAUCACAGGGAUGCUACUAGAAAUGGAUUCUGCAAGUUUGCAACAGAUUCUCUCAAAUCAGGCCAUGCUGGAGGUUGCGGUUCAGAAAGCAAAAAGUGCUUUGGAGGGCGCUGUGAGCCAAAGACAAAUGGAGAUGUCACAAUGACGCUUUCUGUUCAGACCACGUGGCCUAGAGGACUACAGGACAGAGAAACUUACAUGUACUUUAGACUCAUGCCAGACUGAUGUACCAUUUAUUCGCACAGCUCAUGUUGUUUACAUGGGUGCUUUUUAGGCUUUUGCCAUUUUUUAUUAACAAAGACGGUAGAUACUGUGGACAAGACAAAUUGCAACCAGAAUUAAACCUUCAUCUCUUGCAUGAGCAGCUGAAUGUGCCAUCACUACACCACAGCUUCAGCAUUCCACAAACUUCUGCACAUUGUUAUUUGCACAAAGAUCAUUGAUGAUGUGUUAUAAUCAGCUUUCACUUAAGCUUUCCCUAUGUAGUAUGGCUUAAAAUAACGAAAGCAGAAUGAAUUUAGUUGCAUGUUUUUACGUACAAUCUCAGUCAGCCUAACUUAUUCAGUGAUGUCAAUGUUGCAUUGCCUCCAUGAAAAUUAAAUAUUUCAUAUUGAAACAUGA